AAAACUGUUUUUUUUAGAAAUUGCUCUGUUAUAAUGAAAUAAAAAAUAUCAUGAUUAAAGAACUAAAGAAGAAUAAAGAUAUCAUUGAUUUAACAUAGAGACAGUAUAUAAGACUGCGCUCUCUCCCACAAUGCACCGCACUGUUAUUGUCGCCUGUCCAACAUGGCGGCUGCGGGCUGCGUCUUCCACAGAACCCUGACUCGGUCCCGGUCCAGGUCCCGGUCCGGACCCAACCAGGAGUCCUCGUCCUCUCCCGCCGUCUGCAGGGACUUCCUGUCCGUGGUGGACCUGCAGCGCUACAGCAGAGACCAGGGCUCGUCCGUCUACUUCCCCCAGGCUGUCCUCAGCGGUGACGACCUGUAUGACAUCACGCUGACAGACGGCGACUGCAGGCUUCAGGUGACUCUGGAUCCUGGUCUGAACCGGCUGGUGGAGAGGAACGUCCUGCGGCCCGGAUCAACGCUUCGGAAUGCCACCUUCGCCCCCGCCAUGAGCGCUCAGCACCCAGCAUGCCCCAGGGCCUCUGCGCAGACGGACAGCUACAGACUGGAGAGCGUGGAGGUCAGAGGUGAUGAUGAGGACGAUGGAGUCAGGAGGUUUGAUGUGGACGUAGACUCUCUGCCCUGGUUUGGAGCCUCAGACGCUGCAGGUCCUCUGGUUCCUCUGAGAGCCAGCAGGAGCGUGUUCCUCCCUCAGUGGAACAAUGUGGACUACAGCGGGGAGGUGUGGAGGGAAGCCCCGCCCACUGAGGAAGAGGCGGAACAUGGAGACGAUGAAGAGGAGGAGGAAGGGCAACGACCUGCUGUGACAGUGUCUGAGCUGCGUGACUCCUUCCUGUCUGGUCAUCGCAGCGUUGCUAGGGGCGCCGUCCAGCAUCGUCUGAUCAUACGCAUCAUCAACAAGUCACACCUGAUGUAUUAUGGGAGAACUGACCGAAACUGUGAAUGUCCUUAUAAGGUCGGUGACC